AUGACCGUUCAAUCGCCCACAUCGCCUCGGCUGGCCAGCGCAACUAGCCUUCUUGGAGAGGCCUUUGACACGAUAUAUCCAUGCCCGGAAACCAAAGAGUCCGCUAUUGUUUUGAUUGCUCGUGCUGAAAGGGUUGUCGCUACAAUCGAUCCCAUCGUUCAACGAGCCCGACCUAACGAACUUAAUAAUGAAAUCGGCCAGCUCAAUACCGCUGCGGCAGAAACCAAGAUGGUCAUGGAACGCAUCGCUGCAAAGUCCUUUGUCAGGCGUUUAAUCGACCAAGCUCAUGACCAGCGUGAUAUCGAAGUCGUAAACCUCAAGUUGACCGAUAUACUAAGAAUAUUUAACGUUGUUUCGGAAUCUGAAAUUGUUCACGAUCUAUCUAUCAGCGAAGGAGCUCGCAGAAAUGACCAAUACCAUAUUGAACAGAAAAUGGGUAUGCUUCAGUCCGAUGACCAGGCAUUGUGUCAGGAAUUUAACGUUACAAGCCCGAACACGGCCUUGAACGCAAUUCGAGAACUGCAGCUCAUGUUGAUUGGGCUCGGCCAGCAGGACUCCCCGCGCGCUCGGCAUUUCUUAGAACACGCAAUGAAAGUGUUCCGCGGCAGAGCCGGUUCGAAUUCCUCUAUGUCCGGCGAUAGCGCUCCCUCUCUUUAUUCUCAAAGUUCUUUCGCGUCAACUCCCAGCAAUGCUAAUCGUCUACCCGCUCCUCCACGAAGCCCACGCUGGGUGAUCAGCGAAGGGGAUAUUCAGAUUGAUCAAAAUGCACCGCUUGGUCGGGGUGGAUUCGGAACUGUGUUCAAGGGCAAGUGGAACGGUGCAACGGUUGCCGUAAAGCGGCUUGUCAAAGAUGCAUCAGCAGAGACGUUGCUACGAGAGGUAGAGCUGUGGCAAGGUCUUCGACACCCUCAUGUCGUUCAAUUCUUCGGCGCUUCACCUAAAUACUCCCCAAACGCGUUUAUUGUCUCUCAAUAUCUUGCCAACGGGAAUGCGUUGAUGUACCUCAAGCGAAACCCCCGAGCAGACCGUGCCAAGUUGUCUCGUGAGACUGCGGUCGGUAUGGAGUACCUCCAUUCUAUGGGAAUUAUCCAUGGCGACCUCAAGGCGGCCAAUGUCCUUAUAACCGAUACCGGCAGUGCUGCCUUGGCCGACUUCGGAUUAUCAGAAGUUAAACAGGAUUCAUCAUCGAGGGCUCACGUUACCGAGAACGUUUCUGGGUCCCCUCGGUACCUGUCCCCUGAACGUUGGCGAGGGGUGCUGAAUAAAGCUUCAGACGUUUACGCUUGGGCAAUGACAACCCUCGAGAUCUUUACUGAACAACCUCCGUUUGGAUACAUCAAUGGGAUUGAUAUUAUAUAUCACCUUGUUGUUCGGGAGAAACAGCGUCCUGACCGACCCGAGCCCGAGAUUGGCCUUGCUCGAGGGCUGACUGACGACAUAUGGUUCCUGAUUACCAAGGCCUGGGACCAGGAUCCGCAAUUACGACCUACGUUCAAACAGCUUAGUCUACUCUUUCCUCAAGAUGCAAACGUAGAGCCAAUGAUUGAUGAUCUUCAAGCCCAAUUCGCUAGUAUGAUCCCGAACACGGCAUCUGGGGCCAGCAUUAGCAUUUCUCAAUCGUCUAUUCCAUCAAUGACGCCAGUAGCAUCUACCGCUCCUCUAAACCUCCCACAAAGAGCGCAACAGAACGAUGUCAACCAUGCAAUAGAAUCCGCUGAGAUUGAGAUUUUGCCACCACCAUCGUACGAUGUCGCGGCUGGAACUCCGAGCGCUAGCAAUCUGAACUUCCCAUCAUCCGUUUCCAAUUCUUUCAACACUACGCUCAGUAGUGCCGUUGGUCCCGUAACACCGCCGCCACAUAAUCGACUGUGGUACCCCCCGGAGAAAGGUCGUCCGUACUCUCAUCCUGUAGCAACUAUUCAGGAAUCAUCUGGGUCGUCAUCUCAGGCAGGGCCAAGCACCAGCAGGGCUACCUCUCCUCCUAAUACUGCGCCCGCACACACACAACCACGAAUUAUAACUCCAGUUCCUUCACAAGCUAUUGCCGUUCCCGCUCUUCCUGCCCGCCCUACGUCCUCUCCAACAAAUGUUGAACAGUAUGUCGAGGUGCAACCACCUGCUCAAACCCAGCCUACUCCACUGGCUUCCCCGCCGCGAAGGCAGAUGACAAGAAGAGAUAACCGUGCUAGUAUCGCCCCUGCUCCGCUACCUACUGCCUUGGCAAUCUCUCAAUCUCUGAUGACUGCAGUGAACAACGGAAUGGACCAGGAAGAGAUUCGUCGUCUGGUAAAAGAAGUGAUUCUACUGGCCGAAGACGAAAGCCAGGCGAGGAAGUUGGUCGAGGCCGGGGCAAUCCCGCACCUUAUUGUCCAGUUCAAGAAGUUGACACCCAACGGCGAAGGAAUUAACCAUGUUAUCUUAGCACUUGGCCUUCUUUCACACGAUUUGUUGAGCGCCAACAGUAUCGUUCGGACAGGCACAGCUGGGCAAUUGAUGGAGAUUUCCAAGGCUGCCCGGGUCGACUUAGUUCGUGCUUGUGCGGCAUGGUGCCUUGGGCGCAUGGUUCGUUCAGAUGAUAUUGCCACCAAAUUCAUUGGGGAGGGUCUUCCAGAACUUCUCAUCAAUUGGCUGAGUCUUUCGGAGAACAAAGAUACCCGAAGAUGUUGCGCCUGGACACUCGGAAUGCUCGCCCGAACCGAUGCACUGGCGGGGAAGCUUGUUCAAGUGGGAGUUAUUCCAGCUCUCGCAUCACAUUUAAACCGAACAGCCAUCCCAAAUGCCGAUUCUGAAGAUCUUUGUGUGGCCCUGUUCGGUGUCGGCAGACUUGCUCGCACUAUCAAAUUCUCCAAGGCACUUGCUGCCGCAGGUUCUGUGGAACCAAUGACCCGAACGUUACAACAAACACUCGACCCCGAUGUUCUCAACUGGUCUGCCCGAGCUGUUGGCUGUCAUAUGCGCCCAAACUCAUCCGACAUGGCCAAAAUUCUAUUGCGAGAGGGAGCAGCUGAGGGCUUAGCCAAACUACCCCGUUCGAUUCCUCCUGAUGAAACAGAGGCGCUCGGGUCCUUUGCCUUUGCUAUCGCUCGAUUUUCGUGCGCGGAGUGGGGCUCGGGCACACGCAAGGCACUUGUCCAGGCGGGUGUCGUUGAUGCGCUGCUAUCGGCGCUCCGUGCCGCAUCUGCGAUCCCAACGACGAAUCCACAGGUUCACUCCGAGCUGGCUUUUGCAGUUAGUUUCUUAGGAGAUGUGGGCGGAUCUGCGAUUAGGAAGGAGAUUCAGGAUGCAGGAGGAAUUGAUAUUUUGAAGCAAGUCGCACGUCAGGGUCCGCCUGAUGUACGAAAGGCGUGCGAGACUGCCAUUACUACGAUUACCGGCAACGUGUUCUCAAGGAGUAGUGCUUCGACCAAGACCGCCCUGACGCAUGAUUGGAGCGGUGGCUGCCCUGAAUACCCUAUUAUCCACCCCGACUUUGAAGAUUGGCACUAA